UAACAAGCACCAAAAUAAUCCAAGCUGACAGAGCAGGUGCAGACAGCUCGCAGUCUGUGAGCAGGAGAAAUGGGCUGCUUGAGAAUGUGUUUGUGUGGUAGAGUCUGGAACUUACUGUCUGCAGGAAACCCUGGGGUGGAUGUAAGAGGCCCAAGUCCAAGAGAUGGAAGAGGGGGUCAGCGCUGGAGUACAGCAGCCAAAGGCCAGGGUGAUCGGGGCGCUAUGUCUGGCUCUGUCAGUAACCAGACAGGCCUGGUGAAUGUCACCAGCUGUGUGACCCCAACACUGACGCUCAACCUGCGCUCAUCACACAACGAGCUGCUUAAUGCUGACAUCAAGAGAUCGACGCCACCCAAAGGCCGUAAGGUUUAUGCUUCUACUGACCUUCAGACUGCCAUGGGACUGGCUGAUGAGACUGCCAAUAGCAAGUGGCUGAAGGACGGACGAAAUCAGAUGCGCAAGGCUGCCGAGAACGAGAGAAAAGACCAGAAUUGGAACGUUACCUCGAGAACGGAGGAGAUUGAGAGCUCUGCAAAGAAGGAGCAACAAGAAUCAGCAGACAAGGAGCAAGCAGUGAACCAGGCUGGUUCCCAAAGUAAAGGCUUCCUCAGUUACUACAUGGGCCUGGAACUCUCCCUCAAUGCAUGUGGUGGGAAUUCUGACAAAGGACAACCACUGGUCAUCCAGUUGGAUCAGGGAGACUUUGAGGCAUGUGAGUCAGACUCAGCAAGUCAACCAUCUGAAAUCCGGUCAGGUUCCAAAAUGCGUGGAGAGCAGCCACUGGAAGAUGCAAAAGUCGGACUGACCAACCCAUUGGAGGCACCCAGUGACCAUCGGAAAAGCUCAUGUCUGUUGUUUGGAAUGAAAAAUACAGCAGCUAGUGAUGAGGACUCGAGUUGGACCAGCCUUUCCCAAGGCAGUGCUUCUUGGAGUUCCCCUGACGAUAUAGAUCCAAUCUGGAAUCGGAAUUCAUUUGAGACAGAUGCAGACCUGCCCUCUGGCUGGAUGCGGGUACGAGACACCUCGGGGACCUAUUACUGGCACAUUCCAACGGGAACAACUCAGUGGGAGCCGCCGCCACCUGCCUGUGACCAGGAAUCAGGAUCUCGGAAACCUUCUGUCAUGUCACAGUGUACGACUCCCUUGGAGGAUCAACAGGAGAUCCAAACCACAACUGAGACCUCAGAUACGAGUCUGAAAGAGUUUGAGGGGGCAACACUAAGAUAUGCAUCUUUGAAUCUCGGAGGCCAAACAGAAGAGGAUAAUUACAAAAAUAUCCUAAAUACUGAUGAUGAGUCAAAGUGUUUUUCUGUCCGCUCCCUUGGUUGGGUAGAGAUGUUGGAGGAGGACCUCGCUCCAGGAAAGAGCAGCAUUGCUGUCAACAACUGCAUACGACAGCUGUCCUACCACAAGAACAACCUGCACGAUGCUGCAGGAACCUGGGGGGAGGGUAAAGACAUGCUGCUACUGCUUGAAGACGACACGCUGAACCUCAUCGAUCCCCUGGGCCAGAAUUUGCUACAUACACAACCGAUUGUCAGCAUCCGGGUAUGGGGUGUCGGCCGGGACAGUGGGCGGGAUUUUGCCUAUGUCGCCAGAGACAAACUGACGCGUGUACUGAAAUGUCACGUAUUCCGGUGUGACCUGCCAGCAAAGGCCAUUGCCACCAGACUGCAUGAAAUCUGCUCAAAGAUCAUGGCUGACAGGAAAGAUACCAAGACCUCGAUGAACGGGAUGCUGUUUGACCAUUCAAAGCUUGUCGAUGUCCCAUUCCAAGUGGAAUUUCCAGUGCCCAAGAGUGAGCUUGUUCAAAGGUUCCAAGUGCUGUACUUGGGAAAUAUUCCAGUGACGAAGCCUGUAGACACUAGGCACAUCUGGAGAUCAGGGAUGCUGGGAGCCAAUCGUGGGUCAGGGAUGCAGAGAUCAGGUAUGGAUGUGAUAAACAGUGCACUGGAGAACACUAUUCAAAGCAGCUGUAAACAGAACUGGACCCCAGUUAUCGUCAAUGUGGCUUCAGCAACUCUCACUAUUAUCAGUGAGGAGAGUGAAGAGGUUCUGACAGAAUGCCGGGUGCGUUUCCUCUCUUUUAUGGGUGUUGGCCGAGAUGUCCAUUCCUUUGCCUUCAUUAUGGCUGCUGGUCCUGAUCAGUUUGAUUGUCACAUGUUCUGGUGUGAACCCAAUGCUGCUGGCCUAUCAGAGGCUGUACAGGCAGCGUGCAUGCUGCGAUAUCAGAAAUGUUUGGAUGCUCGGCCUCCAGGACUUGGCAACUCGCUGACUGUGCCAUGUGCAGAUUCUGUCGCCAGGAGAGUUGGUUCCAGUGUUAAGAAGGGGGUUCAGUCCCUCCUGGGCUCCUUGAAACCCAAACGCUCUGGAUCGCAGACUCCCUAACAGCUCCAAGGCUAAGAUUGGACCUGCACUUGUGGACUCUUUCCUCUUAAAUAACAAACUGCCAACAAGAACAAUUCAAAUUCAUGUGCCAGUGAGUAAAGCCCACAACUAAAACUUCUCUGUCUGCUUCCUCCCGUUUCUCUCUGUCCUCCCUGUCUACAUCUCUCUGUACACUCUGUUUCUCCACUCCCCACACCUCUCUCCCCACCAUGUGUCUUUCCAAACAUUUUAUGCCUUCUCCUAGCCUCUGGCAUCUUCUCCUCCCACAUCACCCCCUCUCUCCUGGCCCACUGCACCUCUCCUCUCUCUUUACAGGCUGAGAAGACACCAAGAGUUUUCUAGUGAUUGUCUCUCCAGGCAGCCUGAAUCCAGCAUUGCCCCUGCAAAGGGGCUGCUGUCUGGGGGCUGUUGCUGAUUUUGGAGCUCAGUACCAGUAAAACCUGAUACUUCAGAAAAUGUUGAUUUCUAAAUUGAUGUUUUGAUUUGUAAAAUAAUGAUGGUUUAGAUAUCUAGGGGCUGGGCCUGUAGUUGGAAAGCAGUGACAAACCUGGGAGAGCAGAGCAUUUCCAGGGCUUGAGUCUGAGGCUAAAGAGCAGCAAUGGACCUCCUUCCCCAAAGUUGUAAAGACUUUCAGCAUCCGAAGAGUUUGAAAAAUCCACAAAAUUCCUCCUUUCAAGCAGGAAGUGGAAUUUGAGUGCCUUUUUUGUUGGACUGUACAGUUAAUCAUGAAAACUCUACAGAAUAUUCCUGAACAACACUACACCUAUCCUAGCAACCAGAAACAGUAUCCUUCACUAUGGCAACACUACAGCUUCCUCCACGGCAACGAACCUCUCUCUCCCAUCCCUCCAUUUGCUGGCAGCCAGUAUUUUCACAGGGAUCGAUCUGCCUGUGUUCUCUCUCUUUCUGCACUUUUCUUGCUGUUAUAUGACUGCUCAGACCCUAUGGAGAGCUAUUCAGGAUCAGAAAACCAUGGUGAUUACACUCUCCAUAUAUCUGUCUGAAUCUGAGAUGGACCCCAGCCUAGACACUGAAGAACUUGUCGUUUCUAAUCACUAGGUCUCUGCACCUUGAACUAGGUUUGCUGUAAGUUGUGAUGGGUAUGUGAUGGAGAAUCUUGUUAUUCCCACAGUAAUCCCACCAUAUGCAGACAGUGGGAGUGAUUCUGAGUCUCACUCAUUACCAAACUGGAAUCAUACUCAAAAUCAAGUUGUGGAUUUGUGUUAACAAGGUGUAGAGCUGGAAGAAGGUUCUAGCCCUGAAAUGUCAGCCUUCCUGCUCCUCUGAUGCUGCUUGGCUUGCUGUGUUCAUCCAGCUCUACACCUUGUUAUCUCAGAUUCUCCAGCAUCUGCAGUGCCCACUAUCUCAGGUGGAUUUGUGUAUUGUGAAUGACAAGCAGUGACUAUGGACAUGUAUUAUCACUAGUGAGUUGAUCAUGCCUCAUACUGAUCUUAUGUUUAAAAUGUACCCCCUGCACGUUCGAAAUAUUUAAUUUAAACAUGGGAUGGGAAUGAAACAAUGUCAACAAGGCCAAUUCGAGGUGACCCAAGAGUGGGAGCUCACUAUGGCACUGCACUCAUGAUCAUUAAUGUUCAGGGAACUGCUGCAGCCAGGGCUUUGCCCAAGCAACAGUUGUCCCCUACCUCAGCCCUCUCAAUGAUGGUAGUAAUAUUGACUCAGCCAGUUCCUGCCUGUCCAACACCAUUCCCCCGUCCCAAAAUCUCCUGUGACCUGAGCUCAAAAAUGAUGACUCCUGUAAACUACCUUAAAUGUUGGUUUGCAUUAAAAUCAUGUCUUUAUUAUUGACAUUCUGUACCUGUAUUUAAUGUGCAAACAUUAAUAAUGAGAUUUAAUUACCAUGAGCAUUGUAAGGGCGCAGUGGAUGUUUACGUGGUACUAACCUCUCACACUUACAACAGCUGCUGGAUGCAUUACACUCCUGAACUUACACAGGCUCAAAAAACCAUGACAGCCCUUAAAUGUUGGAGAGGUGGGGGAGGGACUUGUCCCACACUGACCCUUGGGCUAUCUGUGUUGGAUAAUAGAUUCCUUGAGUAACAACAUUAAUUUUCAAACAGAAUUGUAUGAAAAAAACUGUGGGGCUUAACCUGUGUGUUAUUGUGAAUUAACAAAAUAAACGUCACAGUGUCGUGUCUCCUCAUGA